CAACACAACGAGAAGGGGGGAAGAGAAGUUUCCGGCGAAGUCGCAAUCACCGGCGCCGAAGAUUUCACUACCGGUAGAGUAAACCGCUGCUGACUUCUAACAAUGGAGACGAUGAUGACGCUCGUAUCUCCCCCGGUCGUUCCGGUUUCUGGUUAUAAAUCCGGCAUUGUGACUUGUUCGUCGGUGUCAGUACAUCGUUCUCCAUCUCUGUCGUGUUUGUCGUCUCUUCGCUCUGGUUCUUCGGUUUGGGAUCUGAAGUCUUGUUCUGGUCGGAGAAAGUGUGUCGCAAAGUUUAGCAGAAUGUCGGUUGUUGUUGCCGCUGCAGCCAUUGCAGAACCUCGAACCGUCCUGGUUACCGGCGCCGGCGGAAGGACAGGGCAGAUUGUGUACACGAAACUAAAGGAGAGACCCGACCAGUUCGUGGCAAGGGGUCUGGUUAGGACUGAUGAGAGCAAGGAGAAGAUUGGCGGAGAGGAUGAUGUCUAUGUCGGAGAUAUCAGAGACGCUGCCGCCAUUGCUCCUGCGGUCCAAGGAAUCGAUGCCCUUAUCAUUCUCACUAGUGCUGUCCCUAAAAUGAAACCCGGUUUUGAUCCUACCAAAGGCGGAAGACCAGAGUUCUACUUCGAAGAUGGGGCUUAUCCAGAACAGGUUGACUGGAUUGGUCAGAAGAAUCAGAUAGACGCAGCCAUGGCUGCUGGAGUUAAGCAGAUUGUCUUGGUUGGGUCAAUGGGAGGAACAAAUCUUAAUAACCCUCUGAACAGCAUUGGCAAUGGCAAUAUUCUGGUAUGGAAGAGGAAGGCCGAGCAAUAUUUGGCAGAUUCUGGUGUCCCCUACACAAUAGUCAGGGCCGGUGGUCUGCAGGAUAAGGAAGGUGGAAUCCGAGAAUUGCUCGUGGGGAAAGACGAUGAGCUUCUCGAGACGGACACGAGAACGAUCGCGAGGGCUGAUGUAGCAGAAGUCUGCAUCCAGGCAUUGCAGUUGGAGGAGGCGAAAAACAAAGCAAUAGAUCUGGCCUCCAAGCCGGAGGGGACUGGAACUCCAACGAAAGAUUUCAAGUCACUCUUCGCACAAGUAACGUCCCGGUUCUGAUCUUUCUGUUUGUUCCUGUUUUUAGAUUCAGAGUUGAGAGAACUACUACUGUCCAUUUAAUGCAGUAGACACCCUUUUGUCUUAACGGCUCUUUCUGUAUUUCCAAGGGUUUUGUCCUUUAAUUUUAGUGCAUUGAAGACUGAA